AAACAAGACAACAGUUUUUAUCUGAUAUACAUAGUGUAAAUGAGAUACAAUGGGUAUGUGUGACCUGCUGGAAAUCUCUCAAAAAAGGGAAAACUCCAAAGUUUUGGUUACAUAAUGGACUUAAAUUUCCAGACAAGCCACAUGCAUUAGAUUUGUCCAGUUUAGAGGAAAGAUUAGUUUCACCUAGACUUCCCUUUAUGCAGUUACGUGAAAUGCCAAGAGGAGGGCAGUUAAAUUUGCGAGGUAAUGUUGUUAAUGUUCCAGCUGAUAUAAACUCCACUAUUAAAGCCUUGCCACGGUUGCUUAGCGAUGAUGAAACUAUUAUGUUAAAACUGAAACGCAAGCUUGACUAUAAGCAUCAUGUUGCUUUUGAAAAUAUACGUCCAAAUAAAGUUUUUGAGGCUGCCAAAUGGCUUGUAAGCAACAGUGCAUUGUUCAGAAGUGAAGGUAUUGUUAUAAAUGAAGAGUGGCUCCAACAGCCUCAAGAAGCCUUUUGCAAAGAAGAUCAAGGACAGACUACAAGUGAUGAUAAUGCUGAACUUGAUUGUUGGACUGAGGACGAAAAUUUCAAUGAUAGACUUACAGGUAACAUGGAUACUUGUCUACAACCUGUUGAUUUUAGGGAAUUCAAUCAGAUUCUUUGUUUAGCACCUGGUGAAAAAAGUAGUCCGCUUGGAUUGUUCCAGGACACCCAUUCAGAAAUUUUGUCUUUCCCAUCAGUUUUCUGUGGCCAGCCACGUAUUGACAACUCAAAGCGACAAGUUGCUCUGCAUUAUAGUGAUGUUUGCAAGUGGGAGUUAAGAAAUGCAGACAGAAGAGUAGCACUUUGCUUGCCAAAUAUUUUCUACAAAUUGAAGAAAUUGCAAAUUAAGCAAAUAAGAGAUAAAGUGUCAUUAGCUGUUAGAAAGUGCAAAAUGCAAAGCCAGGCAUUGACUGCUGGUAGUUUGCUAACUCCAGGAUUUGUUGAAAAAUUAACCAUGCAAGAUGAUGGUUACAGGGUUCUCAGAACAUUGAGAGGAUCUCCUCCAUAUUGGGAACAAGCCAAAAAAGAUCUCUUUUCCAUGAUACGUCAGAUUGGUUUGCCAACAUGGUUCUGUUCAUUUUCUGCUGCUGAGACAAAAUGGGAGCCAUUAUUAAAAACUUUAUCCAGUUUUGUUGACCACAACAAUAUAGAUCUGAGUGCUGCAAAUGAGCUUUCUUGGCAAGAGAAAUGCAGACUUAUUAAAAGUGACCCAGUAACCUGUGCUAGAUUUUUUGAUUUUAGAGUACAAGUUUUCUUGAGGGAAGUUUUAAGACAUGUCUCCAACCCAAUUGGUGAAAUAGAAGAUUUCUUCUAUAGAGUUGAGUUCCAGCAACGUGGAUCUCCACACAUCCAUAUGCUUGCUUGGAUUAAAAAUGCUCCUGUGCAUGGCUCUGCCUCUGAUUCGUCUAUAGCCAACUUUAUUGACAAGUAUGUUACUUGCUUGAAAGACAAGGAUAUACCUGACCUUAUCAAUUAUCAGACUCACAGACAUGCAAUUUCUUACAUUUCGAAAGGCCAACGUGGUCUUUCAAAUCUUUUAAGAGAUGCUUGUCAUGAAGCUCAACAACAGCAUGCUGACAUAAAGCAGCGUGUCAGAAAAAUUGGAAAUCAAUUCCUAACUAGUGUGGAAAUAGGAGCUCAAGAGGCAGUGUAUUUAGCUUUACAAAUGCCAUUGCGUAGAUGCACAAGAGAUGUUAUUUAUGUUGAUACUAAACAACCAAAUGAAAGAACAUCUCUUAUUAAGUCACAAACUCUGUUGAAAGAACUGCCUUCAACUUCAUGUGAUGUUGAAAUGGAUAAUAUACUAAAGAGAUACACAAGACGUCCAAAGAGCAUGGACAAUUUGUGCUAUGCGGACUUUGCAACCUGGUAUGAUCUAUGCCCAGGGAGAAAAAAGCAAACAGAUGUUACACAAAUACAAAUAGACGAAUUACCAGAAACUGAGUAUGAACAUGACAAAGAGGAUGAGUUGGAACCUUCAGGUUCUGUAUGCUAUGAAAGUAUUGUGACUUUUCCCUGUGGCACUAAAAUGAGGAAAAGGUCAAGACAGAAAGUUAUGUAUACACAUCCUACAUCCAUUACUCAAGACAGUGAAGAUCACUUUAGGCAGAAAUUAAUGCUGUACAGACCAUGGAGAGAUGAAGUUAAAGACUUGCUUAAUGCAUAUCCUUCAUAUGAACAGAGUUUCAAUUCACAAAAAGGUGAAUUAUUACUGAGACAGAAGCAGUAUGAAAAAUCUUCAGUUGAUGAAUAUAUCUCAAUGAUGGAUGAAUCUGAUGACAGUCUUGUUGGUGUUGUUAACUCUGAAUCUGAAUUUCAGGAAGCAGUUGACUUGAGUAAUGGUGCACGUUGCUCUGAAGAAUUUGAAUGUUUUGAUGCUAGUAGAGGAUCAAAUAGUUCCUUUGAUUAUGAUAUUGCUGAGGAUAUUGGCAUUCAACAAAGAUCACUGGGCAGUGAAGUUCUUCCACUAAAAGAAAUUGAAAAUGAAGAAUACCUGCAACAAAUAAGAAGCUUGAAUCAUGAACAAAUGCAAUUUUUCUACCAUAUUCUUGAAAAAGUUAAGAAGCAGUCAUUACCAUUUUAUACUUACUUGUCAGGUGGAGCUGGUGUUGGAAAGUCAGUUGUUACUAGAUGCAUUUAUCAAGGUUUAUUGAAGUAUCUUAAUCACAAAAGAGAUGAAAACCCAGAUUCAUUUAAGAUUUUGCUAUGUGCUCCUACAGGUAAAGCAGCUCAUAACAUUGGUGGCUUGACUAUACAUUCAGCCUUUUGCAUCCCUGCAAACCAAGGCUUUCAAUUCAAACCACUUGACAUGCAACAGUUGAAUUCGAUGCGGGCACGUUACCAUAGUCUGAAAGUGGUGAUAAUAGAUGAAAUUUCAAUGGUUGGCCGAGGGAUGUUUAAUUACAUUAACUUACGUUUACAAGAAAUAAUGGGUUGUUCCCGGCCAUUUGGUAAUGUGAGUAUUCUUGCAGUUGGAGACCUUUAUCAAUUGAAACCAGUAAUGGAUUCAUGGAUAUUUUCUCAGAAGUUCAGCUUGCCACAAAUUAACUGUCUUGCACCAAGUCUGUGGGUUGAACAUUUUGACUUUUAUGAGCUCAGAGUUAUUAUGAGGCAAAAAGAUGACCAGGCUUUUGCUGAAUUAUUAAAUAGAUUAAGAGAAGGACUUCAUACUGAAGAUGACUUGAAGCUACUUAAAACUCGCCAGGUUGGAAGUAAUGAACAUUUAUCAAUUCAAGCCUUGCCACAUUUGUUUUGUCGUAGGCAAGAUAGUGCUACACAUAAUUUCUCUGUGCUUCAAAACCUUCCUUCAACUGCCAUUACUACAGUACAAGCGAUUGAUGAUGUUUCCGGAGAUGUGUGUUCAAAUUUGAGAAGUACUAUUUUAGCCAAAAUUCCAGAUGAUCCGAGUCAGUGUAUGGGUCUUCCGAAGGAACUAAAACUUGGUAUAGGUUUGCCAGGAGAAAUUUGUUGUAAUAUUGACACAGCUGAUGGUUUAACAAAUGGUGCAUCUUGUGAAAUUAAACAAUUUGAUUUCAGAGUUCCUGGCUCACAUAGAUGUAGCAUAAUAUGGGUUGAAUUUGAGGACAAAACUAUCGGUAGGAGAUGGCGCUUGCAAUAUAAGCAUUUGUAUAAAGAUAAUAUUCCACUAGUUUGGACGCCUGUUUUAGAGACUAGACGCAUGUUCACUUUUCGUUACUUCAAAACAUACCUUGUUUCACGCCGUCAGUUUCCCUUGUGUUUGUCAGCUGCAAAAACAAUACAUAAAGCCCAGGGUUCAACUAUGAAAGCUGCUGUGUUGCAUUUUGGUAAAAGGAAAAUAGAACAUAUACACUAUGUUGGCCUGAGUAGAGUCACAAGUCUUUCACAAAUUCACAUUACAGAACUUAAUGUAAAUAAGAUAGCAGUGUCAGCAGAGGUUGAAGCAGAAAUGGAAAGACUUAGGCAAAACAAGUUUAUAUCCUCCAUACCUCGUAUAAAGUCUCUAUCCAAAGUUGGUGUUAUGAAGCUUUGUUUUCAUAACUGUCGAUCACUAAGGAAACAUUUUCAGGACUUUAAACUGGAUGAAAACAUGUUACACGCUGACAUAAUAGGACUAGCAGAAGCUCGAGUGUGGGGUGAAGUAGAUCAAAAUUACCUAGUUAAUGGGUUUAAGAUGAAAGCAGCUGAUAAGGAAGAUGCUGCACAUGGACUUGUUAUUUAUUACAAGACAUCCCUAGAUAUUGACAUACUAAGCAGUAGGACAAUUUCUUCCAUUGAGUACAUUCUAGUAGGUUUAAACCAUGACAUUGUUAUUGGCUUUGUUUAUUGUCCACCUAGAAGUGCAACUGUUGCUAACAUUACACAGUUUCUGUCAGCUGUAUCAAAUGACAUGACACAUUACAAAAUGCAGAACAAUUCAUGUAAGCUUGUUUUAAUGGGUGAUUUCAACUUUGAAUGCAAUAUACAUGAGAAUCUAUUGACACUUUUUAGUGGUUUGUGUCAGUUAAAUCAAUUGAUAAGGACUGAAACAACUGAUUAUGGCUCUUGUAUAGAUCAUGUCUAUUCCACUUUAUGUGAAAGUGAAAUGGCAAGUACAUCAAAUAGAAAAACAAGUGAAGGACCAUACAGCUUGGCGCAAAAGCUUAAAGUACUGUCAUGUGGUCAACCAAGUUCAUACACAAGGAAAGAUGGGGAAGAAAAACAAAGUAUGACAGUAGGAGUAAGUGAUGGGAGUUCUGUCCACAAGCUGAUCGUGUAUGAUCCAGCCAAGUUUAAAUACAUGAAG